AUGCUUGGCUGCAGGGGAGCCUGGAGCGUGUCAGAAGCUGUUGGCAUGGCUGGAGAGGCAGAACAUGGCAAAGUUGAAGAUGCCAUAACGUUUUGGGCAGAGAAUGUCAGUAGAUGUAAUGACCUUUUGAAAUUAAGCUGUGCACUGGCAGAAGCUUGUCCUUGAGCUAGUGUAGGUUUUGGCAAACCUGAUAUUAGUAAGAUUUAUGGUGGCUGUUUUUCUGAAGUUGGAUGUUGGCACAGAUGCAUGGUACAGCAAGUGAUCGAAAAUGAAAAGUGUCAGGUACUGCACAUUGACUAUGGAAAUUCUGAGGUUCUGAACAGAUCAGACAUAGUUGAAAUUCCAUCAAACUUGCAAUGUCCGAGUGUUGCCAAGAAGUACAGACUCUGGGGACUGCGGAUACUAACUGAUCAGAACUUAAGCAGGUUUGACCAGGGGAAGAAGUUCUUGAGCAGCCUGGUUUUUGAAAAAGAAAUAAGAAUACGUCAUAAAGCCAAGCACAAAGAUGGUACCAUUAUUGCCCAAGCAAAGUAUGAAAAAGUAGAUAUUGGAGAGGAGGUGGCCAAGGGGGUUACUGAAAGAUGCGCAUCUCCAGGGAACACUAAAAAUGUGGAAGAGAGAGAAGUAAAUGUUGUGAAGAAUCAGCAUUGGAAGAUAAAAGUUUCAUUUCCACUGUGCGUAAACAGAUCUGAUCACAUGCUGCACAGCACCCUGAGACAGUGUGUGGACCCAGCAGCUGCCAGCUCAAGGAAUCAGAAUUUUACUGGAAACUGUAUAUUUGCCCCAAAGGAAAAAAUGCUAGCUUCUACCUUGGUGUCAGACACCAGUUUGGCACAAGUAGGACCAGAUCAGAAGCUGUAUGAAGACAAAGAAGUUCUCGGAAGGGAGAAUGUAUAUCUCUUGCAGGGGCAGAAGGAACUAGAACCAAGGAUUCAACAGCUGAAGUGUGAGCUUCAGAGAAAGAAGGAAGCAUUCAGGAAAACUGCUGAAGGUUUUGAGGAAACCCUACGUAUGUAUUUUGGAAAGAAAAUGAGAAGUUUGGCUGCUAAGAUGAAGGCACUGAAAGAAGUUAGGUAUGUAAAUAAGAACAGUUGUUUUGGGGAGCAGCUCUCUCAAACCAUAAAAGUGGUUACAGAAGGAUGUCUCACUGUUCCGUGUUCCUUGGAAAAAUUGCAGAAGAUUUGGACAGAGUAUGACUUGGCUCAGGAGAGGAUUCAGUUAUGCAGAAAUGUGGAUGAAAGAGAUGAAUUGAUUACCAGGAGCGAUGAGGUGCAGCAGAACUUGUAUUCAGCAGUGGAAGAAUUAAUUUUGGAAGUGGAUAAAUUGCCCCUCUCUGAGUGCUCAAGAAUGUUACAGAAACUUUCUGCUUCUCCAGAGAUGGUGUAUGUUGGGUCUGAAACAGAUGACUCUGAGGAGGCAUUUCAGCAGUUCUCUAAGUGGGAGAGUAUUAAAAUGAAAUUAAUUUGUGUCAGAAAUGAUACGGACACAGCUCUGCAAAUUUUUGCUGACUGGUUUAGUGGCAUCUUAAAGUGUUUUGACCUGAUGUCAGAAGCAUCUUCAGAUUUAGAGGAGGUGAUAGGCAAUGUGGAUGACAGGCUCAAAAAGGUUGAGUUGGCUCUUUGUGGGGAACUGGAUGCCAACUUAAAUAUAAGUUCUAUUCAUGCUUUCUGUGAGCAUGAUGAAGCAGAGAAGGGAAUAAUUAGGAGUGCUUACAAUGAAAUUAUACAUAAAGUUUGUCAGGAGCAAAGUACGAUCACUGUCAUACAGAACAGACACUUGGCCAGUGUUGAGUUCAAAAAACAGGCUGAGGAAUGGUUGAAUAGAAAACCUGAUAUUAACAACUUAUUAUCAAUUAAGAAAUUGAAAAGCUUAAAGGCCCAGUUAAGGUGGAAGCUGGUUGAAAAGAACAAUUUUGAGAAAUCUGACGAUUACAGUGAAUUUGAAAUAAGAAUAAAAAAUGAAAUUGAUGAUCUGCAAAAUAGGGUUCUUGAGGAAAUAUCCAAGGAAAAAGAAGAAUAUGAGAAGCUUACGUGUUUGGUACGGAAAUGGUUCCCUGAGUUACCACUUCUUUAUCCAGAAGCAGGAAUUCUAAACUAUAUGAACUCUGGUGGACGUCUGACGUGCAGCCUGGAGCGAGACCUUUUGGAUGCUAAGCCCAGGAAGGAACUGAGCAUGAAGUGACCUUUAGCGUGUUCAGGAAUUCUGGGCCAGAAGGUUCUUUUAAAGGAUCAAUGUGCUACUUCAAACACUAUGGUUGUCAGUACCCUAAGCUUAGUUUCUCCUGAACUGAGAAUGGGACAGCCUGAUAUGUAUGCUUACGGCUGCCUUCUGUUCUGGCUUUGUGUUCAAAACCAGAAGUUUGGCAUAAAAGAAGAUGGAACACCUGAGGUGCAUAUGGUUGUCAUGGAUGAUAAAGUUAAAUCUCUUUUCCUGAAUUCGUUCUGCUGUAACAGACUGACAGCUGAGCAGGUGCUGAGGGGUGAUUGCUUCCUUGUAGUUGAUGUGAUUUCAGUUUCACCAAACCCAGGUGAAGAGUAUGAGCCACAUGAAGAACAUGAUUCUGAGAAGACAGAUAAAAAAAAUGCUAUUACUGAGGAGAAUGGAGCAAACCCUACUCCGUAG